AUGAAGGAUACGAACCCUCGGAUAUUAAGAGAGUCGGGGGGAGAACCGGAGGAGCCGAAAACCACUGUGGAGGCUCGGAGGCGGCAGCGUGCGGCUCAAUCACGCCGCUGGCUGCAGAGCAAUGGACCUAUUAACAUGAACCACUACGCUAAUAAGAAGAGUGCUGCAGAGAGCAUGUUGGACAUUGCUCUUCUGAUGGCCAAUGCAUCCCAAUUGAAAGCAGUAAUGGAGCAAGGACCUUCCUUCUCAUUCUACAUCCCACUGAUUAUUCUCAUCAGCAUAUCCCUCAUACUUCAGAUUGGAGUGGGUGUGCUGCUGAUAUUCCUUGUAAAAUACGAUCUUAAUAACCCUGCAAAACAUGCCAAGCUGGAUUUCCUCAAUAACCUUGCAACUGGACUGGUAUUCAUUAUAGUAGUUGUGAAUAUUUUUAUCACUGCCUUUGGAGUGCAGAAACCAGUGGCUGGAACAGCCUCAAGACAAUAGGGAACAAGAAGUUUCAGAGAUCUGAACCAUUGACCUCUCCUUUAAGUACUUCUGCACUUGAGCCAGUUAAACUUGGACACAGAAGGAAAACCUGGAGAAUCUGAAGUUAUUCAAACCAGCAUUUUUGUUUCCUUCAAAUGGCUUGUUUUCUGUGCCUGGAAUUUUCAUCCUGUUACACAUGUAAUAUACUCAGUUUAUAGUGGAAAGUCUGAGAGUUUUAACUGCUAGUUCAUUGAUACUAUCUUCGAAGAGUCUGGCAUCUCAAUUUCUAUACAAACUGGAGUUCUUCAGAGAGAUGUGCAAUGCGAAUGAAUUAACAGGGAACACAAAGCAAUGGCAUUAGCUCCAAAGGCAUCUUGGACAUCUCACUUUUUCUGCCUUCUGUUUUCUUGAUGGCUGAGAAGUUAUUCAACAAAAUGUGCUCUAAUUUCUACUGUGGAAACCAAGGGUCUGAAGGUCUGGCAGUUACACUGUCCUAACCUCUCUGCAAUGUAACUAAGUGUUUGUAUUUCCGUAUUGCUGUACAGGUUGCACCUUUCUAAACCAGGACUCUCUGGUCUAGCAACAUCCAUGGUCCGGCAUGACCUUGGAUGUUCCUUGAUGAGAAGUCUGGGAGCAGGAGGGCCAGCAGCUGAGAGCUCGGCGCAGCGAGUCUGGUGGUGGCGAGUUCACAGCAGCCUAGGCAGCAGCAAGGCUGGAACAGCCCGGGCAGCAGCAGAACAUGAUCAGGGCUGCCUGGCACCUGGCAAGGGAGCUGGGCCUGCGGCAGCCCAGACGGAGAAGCCUGGGAGGGGCCAUAGCAGCCCAACAGAGGCAGACCGACUAGGGCCUUGUGCUGCCUGGCAGCAGGACUGAGAUCGUGACAGUCUGAUCAGUAAGGCUGGCAGCGAAGCCUAGGAUGGGACUGGCCAGUAGGUAGCUUGGCUGGGCUGAGGGAGCUGGCAGCGGGGAGGGGCAGUGAUCUGAAGGGCUGGUAUCAGGGGACCUCCUUUGGUCCGGCAAAUUCCCUCAUUCGGGACUAGUCAGGUCCCGAGGGUGCCGGACCGGGGUAGUUCAUCCUAUAGUGGAAUGCCUUUGAUAUGUGAAGGUGGCCAUGGCUAAUUUUCCCCCUCUUCCUAGGGAGCAAUUAGUCUCUUCAGUUAAACCAAAACUUCACCUCUUCUAAGGUAACAGGAGAGGAACAAAAGUUAACCUUUCUUCUAGCUAGUUUCUCUCUCACCAGAACUCAUUGACCCAGAUUCUGUGUCACUAGAUCACAGGGGCCUGCAUAAACCUGCUCUCCCACUGGGGCAGGGUCCUAUAAGUGGUCCCUUUGCCUAUUUCUCACUCAGUCACUGCUCUCCUCCAAUCCAUGCAGGCUGAUUAUUUUCCACACCUCUGUAUAAAAAAGCUGCCAUAGCUUAGCACCACUAGGCAAUUUAAGGGCAGAGGGUGACCUUUAUCCUUGCACUGAGGACAGGGCGAGACCUCUCAGUUCUUAAGUCACACAUAACCUAUCCAAUCAGGGUAUAGAAAAGCAAAUUUCCCUCUGAGAAAAAACCUGAUCUUGGCACUUAUUUGCUUUUGCGAGAUUGUAACUGAUCUUUAACAUUUUUGUAAAGUAAUAAAUGUAAAGACCAAGAAAAAGAUCAUAGAGAGCUCAUAUUCCCUGCUGGCACAAGAAGCACAAUUUUUUCCAAGGGCAUACUAUUGCUGGCAAUGGUGUAUAUUGUAAGUUCUGCCACGGAUAGCCUUUUAAUCCUUUUUCUUCUAAUUUAUUAUGUUUGCAAAUAGAAAGAUUUUAGUGUCCUUGCAUUUUAACUUUAUUGUAGAUAUAUACAUUUAUACUAAUAUAUUUCUUGUGUUGUCACUUUAUUUUGUACAUUUGUAGCCCAAUAGGUUAGUUUUUUAAUAUCAGUACUCAUUUAUACUUUUAGAUUGAUAAUCCUCUCUUCUAUGAAUACAUGACUAACUGGUCUUAGAGAUUUAUCUUGCUUACUGUAGAUUACUUAAGAAUUAUCCUUUAACUCCAGAAACAAAGUAAUCAGGUUAAUAUUUUUCUGUAUUGCUAGUACAGGUUGGACCUCUCUAGUCCAGUAGACUAGAGAUCUGAUUGGUGCCGAAUUAUCCAAACCAAGGGAGGUCAAUAUUGUCUGGCAGUAUUACCAACACUUCCACUGCUUAUUGGGCUCUUAGAAGACAUUUAGGGCUAAAUUAGAGCUAAAUAAUAACACAGAUCAAGAGAGCCAGGACUGGUGGCUCUAAAAAAACUUUAUGGGAUUGCCAGAAAUUUGGUCACACCCGUGAUAAAUGGACAUCCAGCUAACUAAAAUCAAGCCAGAGCACUGAUGUUGCUGGACCAGAGUGCCAUUCUAGAGAGGUUCAACAUGUAGCAAAAUAGAGAAAUUCAAGCAACAUAGAAGCAUAUUAUACUUUUCUUGCUUUGUGCUUGGUCAGUUUUUCUGCAGUGUUUUGGAAAAUGCUGCUUCUAAUGAUGAGUUAUAUAUAUUUAAAUGUAGCUGAGAGUGACCAGGGGAUGAGCACUUAGCAUGAAUUUGUCCAACAGUUAAUUUAUCUUCUGUUAAAAUGUAUGAAGGAAUAUCAGAGGGUGUGUCUAGACUACAUGGGUCUGUCGACGGAGCCAUGUAAAGUAGUUUACUCGACAUAGUCAAUGAAGCGGGGAUUUAAAUAAGCCUUGUGAAACGAGCUUUACAGGAGUGGUUGACAAAGGCUUCCCUUGUCGACUGCGCUGCGUCUAGACUGCCGUGCUGAGCCGGAUCAGCUGAUUGUUGGCACAGCGUGGCGGCCAUUUUUAUUUUAAUGAAGCGGGGAUUAUUUAA